CGCAAGCAGUCCUCCAACUACCCCCUCGAAGAUGUCACCAGCAAAGACAUGGCCUGCAACGUCGGAGGCGACACCGGCGUGCAGGGCCUGAUCAGCGUUCCCCAGGGCGCGGAGUUGACCUUCGAGUUCAAGGCAUCCCUCAUCGACAAGUCGAAGCCCCGCCUCGAGCCCGGCCACAAAGGUCCUUGCGCCGUGUACCUCAAGAAAGUCGAUUCUGCCGAGAAGGCCGCUGGCUCGGGUAGCGGCUGGUUCAAGGUCUGGGACGAGGGCUACGACUCGGCGAGCGGACAGUGGUGCACCACGAAAUACACACCGACUGGAAAAUUCACCAUCACCCUGCCAAAGGGCCUCCAAGCCGGAGAGUAUCUAGCCAAGCCUGAAUUGCUCGCCCUUCACAACGCCCUCGAGGGUCGUCCUCAGUUCUUUACCGGAUGCAUGCAGAUCAAGAUCGAGGGCGAAGGCAACCUCGUCCCGGAGUCCACCGUCAGUAUCCCCGGAUACGUCAAGGCUUCAGACGAGAGCGUGACCUUCAACAUCUACAGCAAGGGCAAGGAAUCUACAUACAAGACUCCCGGCCCCUCUGUC